AUGAAGAAGAAAAGCUUUCCUUUUCUGUUGCUCUCAAAUUUAUAUGCCGAAGAAAUUAUUCAUGUGCAAAUUGAAUGGAACGUGAGCGUGAGUAACCGAGCACAUAAAAUUGGCACAACAUCACUCCCCCAGACAAACGUUUCGAUAAAAGCCAUCACCAUUUCGUCGAUUGCGAUUAAACGCAGGCCAACGCUGCCGCAAACGCCAGCGAGUGCCCCACAGGUGUUAUCGCCCAAGCGACAGUGCGCCACCGCUGUAUCGGUUAUACCCGCCGUCGCCGCCGCCGCCACUCAAUUGACACCACAGAUCCAGUACGCCGCCACACCGGCUGCCGCAGUUGCACUCAGUAAAGCCGGACAUCAAUUGACCUUUAAUCCCGCCGCUGCCGCUGCCGCUGCUGCCCAAUACGCCGCCACUGCCGCCAUCAGUACACAUCCACAACAUCAUCAGCAUCAGGCACACCAACAGCAACAGCAACAACAACAACUCCACCACCACCAGCACCACCACAACACACAGGUUGCUGCCGCUGCAGCUGCAGCUGCUGCCGUAGCCCAACAACAACAACGUAUCGCCGUUGCCGCACAACAUUAUAAUACAUCAGCCGCUGCGCUCCUCAAUCAGCAUCUGCAUACAGUCGCCGCGGCGACACACCAAUUGUCACCGGCCGCUGCGGCUGCCGUUGCUGCUGCCGCCGCUCAUCAGCAGCACGUUGUUUUACAGCAACAUCAACAGCAACAACAACAGCAUCAUCAGGCACAGCAGGCGUUGAGUCAACAACAUAUCUAUCAGCAGCAACAGCACACAUUGCGUCAGCAAUUGCAACAGCAAGCGCAACAACAAGCGCAGCAACAACAACAUCAUUUAAUUGUCAACAGUUCAUCCGCGGCCAACGUAUCCAUCACCGGCACUCUAAACAGCAGUAACACCCCGUUAACAUCAACUACGUGCUCUACUGCUGGCACAACAACAACAGCAACUGGUACAUCCAUCAGUGCCGGCGCAGUAGCGCAAUCAGCCGCAGCUACUGAUAACUCUGUAGGAGCAAGUGCGGCCAACGAGAGCUCAUCACAUUCGAAUACGUCCUCUGCAUCGACCACACCGUCACCGGCGGCAGCGACAGCAGCUCAAAACACUCCAGAUAACAACAACAACAACAAUAACAGUGCGCUUAGCCACAGUCCGAAUAGCAGUAGCAACAACACAGUCAUUACCAGCAACUCAACAAUGGAGAAUCAAAUGGCACUUGCACCAUUGGGAUUAUCACAAAGCAUGGACUCAGUGAAUACGGCAAGCAAUGAAGAAGAGGUUCGUACCCUCUUCGUCAGCGGUUUGCCAAUGGAUGCAAAGCCACGCGAGCUUUAUUUAUUAUUUAGAGCUUAUGAGGGCUAUGAAGGAUCUCUCUUAAAGGUGACCAGCAAGAAUGGCAAAACCGCAUCGCCUGUUGGUUUCGUAACAUUCCACACUAGAGCCGGUGCGGAGGCAGCUAAACAGGAUUUACAGGGUGUACGUUUCGAUCCCGAUAUGCCCCAAACAAUUCGCUUGGAAUUCGCCAAGAGUAACACGAAAGUGAGCAAACCCAAACCACAGCCCAAUACAGCGACAACAGCCUCACAUCCUGCAUUGAUGCACCCACUCACUGGACAUUUGGGUGGACCGUUCUUUCCAGGCGGACCGGAAUUAUGGCAUCAUCCGUUAGCCUAUUCGGCAGCAGCCGCUGAAUUGCCCGGUGCAGCUGCCUUGCAGCAUGCAACAUUAGUGCAUCCAGCUCUACAUCCGCAGGUGCCAGUACGCUCUUACCUCUGACUAAAUACAGAUAAAGUUAUCGAACAGCCUAUGCAUCAAACUCAAAUGACCACAAUGACACAACAUCAUCAACAAGCAACUGCUUUACAUCCAACAACUGCUAUGCAUAUGUCCGCUGCUGCUGCGGCUGCUGCUGCUGCAGCUGCUGGGUUACCGCCAGGUGCUGCCGCCACUGGGCCACCGGGUCAGGCAGCUGCCAGCGCUCAUACCGCACAUCAUCAUUUUUUAUCCAGCCCCGCUUUGGCGAGUCCAGUUGGUUCCUCGAAUAAUCCAACACAUCCAUCAAAUCCACCAUUAGCCGCGAAUGCUCCUUGCUCGACACUGUUUGUUGCCAAUUUGGGACAAUUCGUAUCUGAGCAUGAACUCAAAGAGGUCUUCUCCAGUAUGCCUGGCUUUUGUCGCCUCCGAAUGCACACAAAAGGUUCGCACAAUCUCACUUCUACUACUUCUACUACUACUACUACUACUACUGCUAAUAAUAAUACUUCCACCAUCACCAAUGCCUCCAAUAUAAGCACAUCUUCCACCAAUUCCAAUGCCACGGCAACGGUAAAUAAUAUUAACAAUAUCAACAACAAUGUCAGUCAUCCCGUUGCUUUUAUUGAGUUCAAAGAUACCGUUAGCGCUGCUACAGCAAUGCAACAAUUACAGGGUAAAUAUUUACUCUCUUCCGAUCGCGGCUCGAUACGCAUUGAAUUUGCUAAAACUAAAAUGAUCAACGACACGCCAACUGGCAGUGGCAAUGUCAAACACAUCAACAACAAUUAUAGCACCAACAAUGAGACUUUAUCAUUGCAAAAGGCAACAAACACUAUGAAUACGGCACAACUGUUGACGGCAAGCAAUAUUGCUGCCAUGGCACCUACAGCAGCCACAGCAAUGACACUUAUCAGUAAUCAACAGUCGCAACCGCAACUAAUCAUAUUGAAUGGAUACGCAACACAGCAUCAGCAGCAGCAACAGCAACAGCAUAUCAUGCAGCAACAACAACAACAACAGCAACAACAACAACAGCAGCAGCAGCAGGCAAUAAUGCAAACAGCUGGUGUCGUACAACAGCCUGCCAUGCUGCCGCCCCAACAUUUCAUUGCUGCCAAUGGCGCAACAGCUACAGCAGUGGCAUAUCCCGCUGUGGGCACUGCGCUGCCAACAAUCUCGGCGAUUGGGCCAUCAGCGUUGGCCACAAUUUUUACUAGCACCAACAGCACGAUUAAUACCAACACCAACAGCACUACUAAUCUAAAUAAUAUCAAUAAUAAUAACAACAAUAAUAUCAAUAGCAGCAUUAAUAAUAAUAAUAAUAACAAUAUUGUGCACAAUCGUUCCACCGCACUACCACCGCCUACUGUUGUUGUAAACUCACUACAGCACCAACUUCAUCCAACUCAGCACCAAAAUCAUCUCUUUAGAGACAGGAGCGGGUAUGGAAUCAAGGCAUGAUUUAUUGAAUAAAAAGGCCGAACGCGACAUGCAACAUCAUCAAUUUUUAAUGACAACACCGACUUGACCCGUUACAACAGCAGCAGCGGCAGUACAUCAUCAGCAUCAACAACAGCAGCAACAACAACAGCAACAGCAACAGCAACAUUAUACAUCGCACUACCAACAGCAGCAGCAACAAACAAGCGCAGCGACUAUUUCAACACAUCUUAAUCAUCAGCAUCACCAACAUCAGCAGCAGCAGCAACAACAACAACAGCAACAGCAACAUCAACACUAUGCAGCAAGUGCAGCAGCUGCCGCUACAUUAGCCGCCACACAUCACAUACCAACAACACUCAUAACUGGCGCAGCACCAGGCGCGGCAGCAGCUGCUACUGGCAUUUACUCUUAUGUUUUGCCAACAACAACACAUAUUGCAGCAUAGUACGGCAAUAUCAUUGAUAGUAAUUAUGGUUAUUAGUUGUCGUUGAUACAAUUGCAACAAUUACAGCAGCAAAAAAUUAACAAGCAAAUGCAAAAGCAGUGGACUUGGAAAGAGAGAGAGAGAGAGAGAGAGAGAGAGAGAGAGAGAGAGGGAGAAUUUUGAGUUUGUCAACAAAUGCAAAAGAGGCGUUAAACAGAGAAAGUAAGAUGAAAAAGCGUAUACAUGACACAUGACAUGGUCAUGCGUAAGGUAAAAAAAAUAUUAAAAACCAAAAAAAAAUAUUACAAAAAAAUAUAUACCAAAAAAUAAUUAAUAACAUCCUUAUGUAUAGUUUACAUAAAAUAAAAUAAGCAAACAGUUGAAAUUUCGCAGUGUAAGGUGU